UCUCAUUUCUCCCCAUAGUUCCAUUCCACUCCCCAGCGCGUGGUUUCUUCAACAUCCUUCACGCUCUGCCUGCAACUGCAUAUCCCCUUUCAUUUUCUCUCUUGGGUUUUGCAGAAAAAAAGCUUUCAGGGGCAUCGCCUCGAGCUUCAUUCUCUUGGUUAUCGCGAUCACAAGACCUCGUCCAGCCCGGUUCAAUCCCCCUUUUCACUUCCCUUUCCCCGCUUUUGAGGACUGUUCUCUAUCUGCUCCUCCUCCUGCUCUGUUUCCAUUUUUCUUCUUUGGUCACCCGCUGUUUCUGUUUCUCAAUCUGUCUUUGUUUGUGGGUUUUGCGUGUUGGAACAUGAUGGGCUUUACUGAUUCUGAACUGGGUCUGAACGAGUCAGGGGAAUGACCGAGUGGUGGCUGUUUUGGCACUGUUACUUCGUCGUUUACUAGCGCCCUGUUGAACUUUUAUCUUUCUUUUUUAUCAGAAACCCUUUCUGGGUUUUUUUGUUUUUUUGUUUGCAGGUCCCUUUUCUCCAUUAUUGUACUGGUUUCUAUUUUUCUUUAGGCUGUUUUUUUGGCUUUCGUGAUAUUCUUGCAUUUGUUGGAUGUUUGGUAUUCUUUCUGGGAACCUGUUUUAUUGAGCAUUGCAGCCUAUUUUUAGACGGUCUUUCUUUUUUUCUCACUACCUUUUUGGUUCUUUUGAUGGGGGAUGAUUCUAAUCUCUUGGUGGGUUAUCGAGAAAAUGGGGUAGAGUUCGAAGAUUCAGAGUGUGUUUUUGGGAUUUGUAUGAACAAUGGGGAUGAAGCUUUUGGGAAUAACUGGGUUAGGGGGCUUUUGGGGUUGAAGAGGGGAUUUUGUUAGACUGAAGAGCAUCGAGUUGCAAGUUAAGGGUCUAACUCUGUUGGAGUGUUUUGGGGGGGUUUUUGUUAGAGAUUGAUGGAAAAUACAAGUAGAACAUCGUCUUGUUUAGCUAUUUCAGAGAAGAAGACGCAUAAGUCUGGUGGUUGUGUGGGCAUUUUCUUCCAGCUCUUUGAUUGGAACCGGAGAUUGGCUAAGAAGAAGCUUUUCUCCAGGAAGUUGCUUCCUCCAGGUCGUACCCAACAAGUAACUAAGAAGUUCAAAGGAGAUGAAAAGAUGCCGGCUUCAAAAAAUCAUUUGGUUGCUGACGAAAAUAGAGGCGGUUUCCCAAACGUGAAGAAGAAUGGAAAUCAUUGUACAGACGUAGGGCACAGAAAUGAAAUGCGAGUCCCAGGACUGGUUGCUAGACUCAUGGGACUUGAGGCCAUGCCUGUUAUAACUCGGGAUAAGUCGAAGAAAACCGGUUUUUCUAAUCCUUGUGAUAAUGUGGAAAAAAAAAUAGUAGAGGAUAUGAAUUUUGAAAAAGCAAGUGUAAAAAUUGAAGCAAGACCUCUAAAGCUUCAAAAGACGGGAACGGAGGAAGGAAAGAUGAUGAGACGAAUAGGAGCUGAGGUACUACAGUAUAAGAGUGUAAUGUCACGGUCAAGGAAGCCUCCUUCUCCUCCAAAACUUCCUUCAACAAAAAGUCCAAGGCUUCCCUCGGGGAGGAAUGUGUCUAGAACUUCCCGGUUGAUCGAUGUUGCUAGCAAAAUAUUGGAGCCUAGUCUGCAGAUAUCGAACAGAGCUAAAUCUGCAAUCACACUUCCAAAGCCUAUGAAUUAUUCUCCCAAUGAGGUUAUAUCGAGGGAAAUCAGAGUUAUACCAGGGGAAGGUUAUGAUUUGUCAAAGUCCAUGGGACAGGCAUCAUGUAAAAAUUGCAACAAUUUACUGAAAGUUGAGGCCGUCAAUCAUGGUGUUGAAGAACAUGUAUCUGCAAUUUCACCCCUCAAUUCAACUUAUGGCAAUGCAUCUUUAAAGGGUUCAGGAUGGAAUAAAACAACAACCCCUGAAUCAUCCCUCCAGCAAGAAAGAGAAGAAAUCCUCCAAACAAGCUGUGAUGUUCCUAAAACUGUUACUUCUAAAAAAAAUGAAUCUAAGGGAUCUAUAAUAUCCCUUGUAGAUUCCAUUGCAGAAAGAAUGCCUCUGAACAAACAUAAUGAGUCUAGGGGUUGUUUAAUAUCUCAUGUUGAUUCUAUUGCAGAAAGAAUGCCUCUUAACAAGGAAUCUGUAUGUCCAACCACCAGACCAUCCAGCCAACAAUUCAAACUUAGGACAAAUCAAUCAUCCGUGGUCAAGCAUUGCAGUCAAUCUGAAGAUCAUAUGACAUCAGUCAAAGAUAGGAUGCCAUCAAAAUCAAAGGCAAGUAUUACAUCAAGCAGAAGAACCACAUCGCCGGAAAGUGCUGUGGGUCGGACCAAGAACUUUGUUGCCUUAAAUCGAAGUCUCAAUGGCUGCAGCAGAGGGAAGCUGCCUGCUAAAGUUGAAAAUUCUAAGUUUGGCCUAGAAAGAAAGUCUUUUAAUGGUUAUGAAGGUUUUUCAUCACAAUCAGGUACCUCACCAAGGAAAAGGAGGACUGCUCAUGAGAGUGGACAAAUUGAUAGAAAAACUUCUUUUGAGUCACCUGCUUCAAAACAACGAUCCCAUCCGCGUGAUAAAUUGUCUAGAACAAGUUCAAGGGUUGAAAGCAAACCUCUCCCCACAAAGCAGCCUUGGGCUGGUAAUAGAUUAGCUGGUUGUAGAGAUGCUACUGAUAGAGUUUGCAAAAGGGAUAAAGACAUUGUUUCUUUCAUCUUUAAUUCUCCCAUCAGACAAGAAACCACAGUCGCAAUAAAGAUGAAUGAGGAAAGCUUGUCAAAUGAGAGAAAUGUGUCUUCCCAAAACCCAUCCUUGUUCGGAGGAGAUGCUUUAGAUAUCCUGGAGCAAAAAUUAAAGGAAUUAACUUCUCAAGGAGAUGAUCGGUCAUCAUCGGGUUGUCCAUUGAAGAAGCCUGCUUCUGUAGUCAUUCAAGAACUGAUAGCUGCCGUAGCAGCUGCUCGGAAAGUUUCUUUGGAGGGCUCCACAGUCAACAUGGAUGUCACUCACUAUGAUGAUUUGAAGGAAGAAAGGAUCACAAACAUAUUAAAAGGACAAGAUCAACUUAGCCCCGGUUCUGUUCUUGAAGCUUCGUUCUCGUCCAGCAGCAUGGAUGAGAGCUCAGGAUGCAGAAUGCCAGCUGAGUCUGUUGAUUGUUCAUUCGAUCGACCGCCGCUGUCUGAACCUGAUACCGAUCUUUUAGAUUCCGCAACCUCCUUGAGCGAAGGGAAUGUUGGGAAUGAAAGGUUGUCGGAAGUCUUUACUGCUAUUUCUAGCAUACUGCAGAGCAACAACCUUACCGGUAUAAAAUUGACUGGGAGUAAGCUUGCUCGUGCAAAAGACAUUAUGCUCAAUACUGAAAUUUUAUUCGGCAGGGAUGAAAACAACCUUCUCAUUUUGCCACUUUUCAUUGAUGAACUGGAAACAUUCACGUGUGAAAUGUGGGCAAACUCUAGCAGUGUCGGCAGUUUGGAGGAGGUCAAGGAGGUAAACCAUCUAAGAGGAUUUCUUUUCGACUGUCUGAUAGAAUGCCUAGACUCGAAACAUAGCCAACUAUACUAUGGUGGAUCAAAUGCUUGGAUAAGAACAUUGCCAAGACAAAGUGCAAGAGCAUUUAUCCGAGAUGUCGAGAAGGAGAUUAAGAAAUGGGUACAUUUUGUUGGGAUGAUGACAGAUGAGAUAGUAGAAUGGGAAAUGAGCCACUCCUUGGGGAAAUGGAGUGAUUUUAGCAUUGAAGAAUUGGAGAGUGGGGCUGAAAUUGAUGGGUACAUACUUCAAAUGUUGGUUGAGGAAAUUGUAACAGAGCUCUGGGACUUCAGGAAGGGAUGAUCUUGACUGUGGAUUAUAUCUUUUGUGUGCAAUUUUUUUUGUACAAAUGAAGGUUAAAUGUAAUUGUAGAUGUGAAUUUGUGGCUCUCAUUGUUAGUUGAAGCAUAUAAUUAUGGAAGCUGGCUUUACUGCUCAAAACUCUCUGAUCUGUGCAUCUAAUUUUCAAGAGGAUUUUUCUGGCAUUCGUAAGUUUAACAUUUACCUCAUUUUCCUAAA